CGAAGCAUUAUAAAGUGUCCCAAUGUCAUGAUCACCAACUCUCGAAAGGCCAGGUAGUUUUCUUAUUAAACCCAAUCAUACACACGCGAACCAUAACCAAUACAAGUCGCCUUUACUUCACAUGCCUAUUGUUCACUUAUUGCAUUAUCUACUCCUUAACAUUAUGAACUAAAUGCAUAUACGUCUCUUCUCUCGAAGAUUAGAUGCCCUAGAAAUAUAUACUAUUAAUCAAUUAGUUGUCUAUUUUAACUCAAGGCGUUGUUUUCCAACUAGGAUGCGUUUGUUUUUAUAUAGAAGAGGAUUGGGUUUCUAGAAAUCGACUUUUUUAUCAUUGGGUUAAGUCAAUUAUAUUUAUUAUUUUGCACCCGAAAUAAUGUAACGUUUUGUCUCUUAAUUAGUUGCUAUUAAACAAACGCAUACUUAUUUUAGGAAGCCUUAAAUAUAUGGACCGAAUGAGCCUAUAUAUCUAAAUUUUUGGGUGUGUACUAAGUGCAAGUUCCCAGUAUCUCCGGUAGGUGGCGCGGUUUGCCAACAUGCAGAGAGCUUUUUCCCAGUGAUUUUUUGGGAGCUGCACAUUGACUUGGGCCUAACGAUUCUCAGAUCGUCAUUAUUUGUAACCAUAGAGCAUGAAUUACCUCUUGAGGUCAUCAGUGAGAAUUUACGACUGGUCAACAAAAGCACGUGAUUUCCAAACGCACCCACACCCCCAUAUUUGGCCGCAUACAUAGCAAAACGAAGUACAGUGCAUUGCUAUAAUUCAUUAAUACAUCAUAAAUCGUGAGACACAGGGUGAUCCACAAAUCAAGCCUCCAAAAUCACCCAAAUGAGUUCCUACUUUGUGAACUCGUUCUCAGGGCGCUAUUCUAAUGGCCCCGACUACCAUGUGUUAAAUUAUGGAACUGGCAGCAGCAAUGUGAACGGAUCUUACAGGGAACCAGGCAGCAUGCAGCCUACUUCUUAUGGUUACAACUACAAUGGCAUGGACCUCAGCGUCAGCCGGGGAUCCGCUUCCAGCAGCCACUAUGGGGAUAGCUCAGAAGGGUUUCCAGCUCAGGAGAGCAGGUUCAGAGCAGCCUCCAGCUGCCCUAUUUCCUCCCCAGAGUCCCAGAGCCACGGGGGAAAGAGCGAGCCUCCAUCGUCAGACUCAGCCACCUCAAACACCCAUUUCACAGAGGUAGAGGAGACCAGUGCAUCCUCAGAAACAGAAGACGCCACCCCGAGAACCAGCACCAGUGUCAGCCGGGCUCAGUCACAAAGCAGCCCCCCUGGAGGAGCCAGAGCAGAGGGUCAGACUCCACAGAUAUUCCCCUGGAUGAGGAAGCUGCACAUUAGUCACGACAUGACAGGUCCUGAUGGAAAGCGGGCGAGAACAGCUUACACCCGUUAUCAGACCCUGGAGCUGGAGAAGGAGUUUCAUUUCAAUAGGUACCUGACCAGGAGAAGGAGGAUUGAGAUAGCCCAUGCCCUGUGCCUGUCUGAGCGUCAGAUCAAGAUCUGGUUCCAGAACAGGAGGAUGAAAUGGAAAAAGGAUAAUAAAUUGAAAAGUAUGAGUCUGGCCACCACAGGCAAUGCCUUUCAGCCCUGAGGGGACAGCAGCCCAUUUUCUGGACUGUUCCCAGGUCAACUACUGGGGGAAUUCUUGGCAUGUCGGUAUUAAGGACAAAUUAAAGGGGAGUCCUCCAAUGGACUGCACCCCUGUCUCAUUUCUAGUUAAACUCAAUGCUCUCAUUUUCCGGUGUUGUCCUAAAUGUUUGUGACCGUGACAUGAUGCUGCUUUUGGAGAACAUCGCAUGUUUAUUAAAGCUCUUAUAUGGUAUAACUUAUUUAUAAUUAAUGAAAAAAAUACAUUUUAUGUUUACAGGUUGGAAUUUUCUGUAUCAGCCCAGAUAGGCUAUGAAUGCACUAAAAAGGCUCCUUUUUUAUCAGUGUGAAGUCUUGUAGUUUUAGCCGUUGUUUUGUUCUCUUUUUUAAAAGUUUCACUGUGUAUAUAUUUUAUUAUUGUUCUUUUAAUUGACUCUUUUUAGACUCUUAAGCGGAAUAUGUCCGCUGUGUUUACUGUCGCCCUGUAUGUUUAGACAUAUAGGUGAUAUGUGUUGGGGGAGUGUGUCACAUGUUAUGUAAAGGUACCUGUCGUGUUUGGCUGGCUGGGGAUAUAAAAUCCAUUUUUUUGUAUUUGUUUGUAGAAUAAAUAAAAAGUUUCUGCUGUAUAAAAAA